UCAGCGUGCCUUCGGUCGGUCAACACGUGGGGAGGAGAGAGAAAGAGAAAGAGACGGAGACACGGAGAGGGACUCGUUUGGAUGCUGUUGGGCCCGGAGCACCGGAUUAGGAACGGAAUUCUUCUUACGGCUGGUGGCGGGGGGGAAGAACACAUAAACACGGAUCAGUACUUAAGGUCCACAGAAGAUGCCACUCAGGUUUCGGUCCUUUGCCCCAUACACACUUCCUGGAGUGCUUGCACUCAUAGGCUGGUGGUGGUACAUUUCUCGCAAGAAAGCACGGAUCACCAGUCAUGACAGCAAAGAGGAACCGGUUGCAGGCCUGCUGACUUCACCUGUUAUGAGCACAAAUGGGAUGGUAGAGACCACACAUGACAUACCCUGCAUAGACAAACCCAAUGCAAAAGAACAGGUGUCUGCUGAGCAGGAGGUUGUAGCAAGGAUUCACACAAUGGUAACAAGCACUUCAGUAGAACCACCAGUCAGCUCCCCAGUGCUAGUGGAAAAUUUGAGCACUCACCUUCACAGCAGCAUUGCAACUACAGACUCCCAACAGUGCAGCCUUGAAGUGGUCAUGGAAAAGUCUUUAAUCUUAUCUUCAACAUCAAAUAUUAUUGAGGAGAGUCCUCCUCAUGAAAGAUCAGAGGCUGUUGAUUUAAGCAGUGAGUCAAGUCAAUUGCCCAUUGAAGCAGAGCUGGACACUACUAGCUCACUUGAGCAAUCUUGGGGUCAACCACUUGACAAACAGGUGACUGAAGUUAAGAAAAAGGUGUCACUUCUAUGCCAGGCUGUGGAGUUGUCCAAAGCGGAGCGCCCAGAGCCCGAAGGGGAGGUGGCUGGUGAUGUUUUGGCUGUACCAUUUGCUGAGAAUGUCCAAGCGGACUUGACAAAAGACAGUCUAUCCUCCACCAAAGAUGACUUAACUGUUGUAUCACUGACGAUUGGGGAUCAGUACACUCAAGCUGCAUCUCAGUUACUUGGUCUUGACAGUCCUAUUCUUCCUGCCUCAUUUCCAGUUUCCACCAGCACACCAGUUGUAAGUGAUUAUAUACAAGUCCAGAACCACGAUAAUGGAGACCUAAACUGUCCAGUAAAGAGCAGCGAAAGCACACAGGAGCUGCAGCGCCUUGCAGCAGGUCUCAUCACUGAAGUCAUUUCAGCAGCUGCCCAGGAGGUCAUGAUGGUCAGCAGCCACACAUCUCAGCCCAGUGAGGGUCUGGAGGCUGUUUGCAGCAACCCAUCUAUUUUGAACAGAAAUGAAGUUGUCAGAGAUGAGGAUGAAUGUGUCUCUAAGGUAGGUUCUUCUUCUGAAUGCUACCAAGAUCACGUAGAGCAGCAUGCAGCACAGAUUGCCAAGGAGGUCAUCAAUGGCUGCCUCACUCUCUCUGUAUGGGAGAGGUCUGAGACGCAGGACAGUUUUGCUCUCGGUGACCAUCAAGAGCAGUUGGAAUCAACUCAGAUUCUACCCAAGGUUCAUGUAAAAGAGGAGACUGUGAUGGGAACAGAGGAUUCUGGGUGUAGCACUUGCCAGUCUGAGGAUGGCAUCAGCAACGAGGACCUUGUCAUCAGUUCAGAUUUGUCAUCAGUGGUGCAUGACGGCAAGGAGGACCUUAUUCAGAUUUCAGGGAUCUCGACUACAGAGGAAAAUGUUGAUGAACAUCAGAAAAGCUCUGAUUCAGCAGUCCUGCUGGACACUGCUCUAAGUGCGGAGCAUACAACGGCUACCUGUGUGCUAGCACAUGUGAAUGGAGACUCUCUCAGGAAUGGAACCAGUGAAGCAGAGGCUGAUCAGUCUGCAGGUUCGGAUGUGAACAGUAUGGAUUCAGUAGACAGCUGCUCCGCUUUGGUGACAGGAAACAGUCAGCAGAGUGGCAGCCAGGUGCAGGGCUCCGAGCUGAUUGUGUGGGAAAUAGAGGUGCCAAAGCAUCUGGUUGGUAGAUUAAUUGGAAAACAAGGAAGGUAUGUGAGCUUUCUGAAGCAGAGCUCUGGUGCAAAGAUCUAUAUCUCAACUCUACCCUAUACUCAAGAGUUUCAGAUCUGCCAUAUAGAGGGCACCCAGCUGCAGGUAGAUAAAGCAUUGGCCUUGAUUGGUAAGAAGUUUAAAGACCUGGAUCUGACAAACCUCUACGCUCCUCCAUCGUUGCCUCUCUCACUGCCCUCCCUGCCAAUGACGUCCUGGCUCCUGCUACCUAACGGCGUGACAGUGGAGGUGAUUGUGGUGAACAUCGUCUCAGCGGGCCACGUGUUUGUCCAGCAGCACACGCACCCUACAUAUCAUGCUCUGCGCAGUCUGGACCAGCAGAUGUUCCUGUGUUACUCUCAGCCUGGCACCCCUGCUCUUCCCUCACCUGCAGAAAUUGGCGUGAUCUGUGCGGCUCCUGCAGUGGAGGGAGCGUGGUGGCGAGCGCAGGUCAUCUCCUACUACAAGGAUUCCAACGAAGUAGAGAUCCGAUACGUGGACUACGGCGGCUACGACCGAGUGAAGAUUGAUACUCUUCGUCAGAUUAGGUCUGACUUUGUGACGUUACCAUUCCAAGGGACAGAAGUGUUAUUGGACAACAUCGCUCCUCUUCCUGGAGAGGAUGGCUUUUCAGCUGAAGCCAACUCGGCACUAGAAGAGAUGACAAGAGGGUUACCUUUGCUUGCACAGGUCACAAAUUACGACAAUAACACAGGCCUUCCAUUAGUACAAAUGUGGAACAUGGUUGGAGAUGAGCUGGUUCUGCUGAAUCGUACAUUAGCAGAGCGAGGUUUGGCUACAUGGGUGGACAGUUUCUGAUCCCUUGCCCUUCCAUUUAUCUCUCCAUCCCCUCCCUCACUUUUUAGACCCCACCCACCUGAAGUGCACAACACUGACUAGCAGAAAAUUAUUUUUUUUUUUUAUUUUUUUUUUUUACUCCCUUUCAAAAAAAAAUGUAAGAAUCUACAUGGGCACGAAUAAUAACAGAAAUGGAGACACCCAAGGUUUGAUCAGAGAACAAAAAGGAAACUGAAGAAGAAAAAAAAAUCUCUUCAGUGUUAUACAUUUAAAUCAAUUGAGUAAAUAAAUGAAGUUGAUCAUGUUAUCCGUCCAAGAAUCCUCCCUGAGUACAGAUCAGACUGUGGAUUUAAGAGCUCUAAUUGUUUUGGUGGAAAAACAAUGUACACUAAAACCAUAACAAUGGUGCAGUUUGCAAAGACUGUUGUUGCUCUAGUUUGGGACUGAUUUCAGCAACUUGUGCAUAAUUUUUGUAGCCCCUGUCUCACUAAUUCACACCAUUAUCGAAUGUAUUGUCUAGUAGUUCACCACUGCUAGUUCCGUUAGAGAUUGAGGUGCAAUGUCCCAAACACCUGUGCGCAUUCAGUGUAUAGAACAGGACCCAUCCAUGUCAUGAAGAAACGCACUGCUUUAAGGUGUGUAAACCUCUUCCACAGAGUCUUGUUCAUCAAUGUGGCCUUACAGAGGGAAAUGAAAUCCUGCCCUCUACUGCGCACUGUCUGUGGGACGUGUCCUGCAAAUUGCCUUCAGUGUCACCAUCUUCAUAUGCAGCUUGUUGCUCUUAUUCAAGAGGCCAUUAUUCAACAUUUGCUCAUGUAUCGAAGAAUACACUAAAGUCCUCGCCUGCGCUUCACUUGAACAUGGCUUUACUACACGUAUGUCCUGACCUGUGAUGAUACUUCCACAUCAGAGCACUGAGGUGUACCAGAGCUCAGGCUCUGAUUUGGGUUUUGGGUAGACGACCUGCAUAUAGUGUGCCGUGUCAAAAUUGUAUGCAUGCAGUCUUGUUCAGAGCACAUCUUUUGAUCCACACAUCACACAUAAACCCACAUUUCACUAUCUAGCGUGGUUUUUAUUUUUGCGUAAACACCAGAGAAGGUUUGAUCACUUGUUUGUAGUCUACUGUGCCCACAGUCAGGUUUUUUAGAUCAAAAUGGUCAUCCUGGUCAGUAGCUAAUGUCUGUAAUGUCUGAAAUGUUUAGUGUCUACCAUCAGUCCCAGUAGGCUGGCUGCUAAAACUAGCACUCUGGUAAUAUUGGUUUGUUGCAAAAGAUAAAAAGCUUUAAGAAUUUUUUUUUUUAAUAAUACUGUUAUUUUGUUUAAAAAAAAAAAAAAAGGAAAACCACUGGGGAAUUUAUUGACAUUUUUUUUUCGUCUGUGUGUCAUUGAGUAUAUUGAAUUCAGGGGCUGACUCAUCUAGUUUUCUGCUGCUAUACCACUUCCAUCCUGGUGUUGCCAACUCCUAACCUGACAGAAUUUCACCAGCGUCUUUAUUUGUUCAUUUCUAUUUACAUGAGCACUAAUCUCCAUUUUUGAUUUGCUCUUGUGCAGUUAAAUGUGUGCGUGUGUGUGCUGCUAUUGUAAUUCACAAGGACUACAUGUACUAGUUUCAACCCAAAAACUUGAAUUGUUGGUUUUUUUCCCCCUUGAUUUUUCUUUCCUGACAGAUGAUUAUUGUGUGAACAAAGCAGCUUUGUAAACUGUAAAGAAGGAUGUGUUUCUGUAGACUGCAAAGGGACGUGCACUCUCCUGUAACCUCACUUUGUCUGAAAUGCUAUAGGAUCUGUAAUAUCUGUGGAAUGGGCUUUAUUUUUUCCUGUCUGGUGCUCAGGUUUUUUGUGUAUUUUAUGAAGCUGUGGGGAGAAAAAAAAAAAACUGAUGUACUAAAUGUACGAUAAAAUGUCGACAGUUAAGACAUUUCUGCACUAUACAGUCAAACAAAUGAGGCAGCAGAGCAACUUAAAUGCAGGAAAUGUUUUGUUUUUUCGUUUUGUUUUAAAAGUUUGUUUGACUUUUGUUUGUUGUUUUUUCUUUCUUCAUUUUCCCAAUUUGUUUAAGUUCAUAAUUCCCAGUAGAUUUCUGACAGUUUCAAUGCUUGGAAGUUCAUGGCCUUUUUCUUUGCAACCUUUUCCAUUGCCAUGCUUCAUCAACUCCUCAUCCAACUCUUUCUCUUGUCUGUGUAAAUACAAUUUCAUUGCUCUUUUGUACAACACUGGGAGAAGUGUAAGAAAACAAAGGGAUCAUUUUGUUUUGUCUUGGUUUGUUUUUUCCCCAAACCCAACUACAUGUUCUGUUUAUAGGACUGGUUUGAAGUGUUUUGCUUAGCUAGUUGAUUACUUAUUUGAUUAUUUGAGUGCAAAGCAAUCCUGCCCCCCAGCAUAACAGUGUACAGGUCGGUUUUUGCUAGACUCAUGAAAAGGUUUGAAUCUUGGUUGUACAGAUCUAUAUAUAUAUGUAUAAAAAAGAGAAUAAAAUUAUUAAAACAUGCA